GCAGCUCUGGUUCCCUCCGCUUUUCGUCUUCCGUUUUCCACGACGCAUCAGCAGAGCUGACCAGCGGAGAGAGAGAGAGAGAGAGAGAGAGAGAGAGAGAGUGUGAGUGAGUGAGAGAGAGAGAGAGAGAGAGCGAGAGAGCGUGUGAGAGAGAGUGAGAGAGUGAGAGGAAGGCGGUGACAGAGCUUGCUCUCCUACAGGAGGAAUACUACAAUGGUAUGCGCGAGCACUAGGCUAGGUCCACCGAAAUACGGUGCUGCCGUUCUGCACGCGAGCGGCUCGUCGUGAGAGUCUGUUGGUCACGCAAAGCUCUGCGAAUUCGUCGAAGAACUCCCCCCGUGGACAUUAAGAGACCCCAUGGGUUCGCAGGGUUGCAUGCGGUGAGCUGCGCGGUUGGAAUAUAUGUGGCGUUGAAAAAAAGGAGUCUUGCUGUCCAGCAACGUAUUUUGGGAGAAGAUUAGGCUACCGAGCAGCGAUUGAUCGCGACGUUGCACGCCUCGCAUCAACAUACAAGGCCUCACGGUAGAACUAGAAACGGGCCUUCUGACAUGGCGGACAACGAAGAAGGCUUCGGGCUUCAGAACUCUCCGAACGACACCCAAUCUAAGGAUUUACACGAGAGUAAAUCUGAGAAGCAGAAUGGGAGCUCCAGCAAAUCUCCAUCAUCCCAGACAACUUACAUUCAACAGGGAAUGGAGGGAAUCAAGGUUUACUUACAUGAACGAGAGUUGUGGAUGAAAUUCCAUGAAGUAGGGACCGAAAUGAUCAUCACCAAAGCAGGGAGGCGAAUGUUCCCCAGCUUCAAAGUGAAGGUCACUGGACUGAACCCCAAAACGAAAUACAUUCUGCUGAUGGAUGUCGUGCCAGCGGACGACCACCGCUAUAAAUUCGCCGAUAAUAAAUGGUCGGUGACAGGGAAAGCAGAGCCAGCUAUGCCUGGCAGGCUCUACGUGCACCCGGACUCUCCAGCUACUGGAGCGCACUGGAUGCGCCAGCUUGUCUCCUUCCAGAAGCUGAAACUGACCAACAACCACCUCGACCCAUUCGGACAUAUUAUUCUGAACUCUAUGCAUAAAUACCAGCCAAGGAUCCACAUCGUGAAGGCGGAUGAAAAUAACGGCUUCGGCUCUAAAAACACAGCGUUCUGCACCCACGUGUUCCCCGAAACGGCCUUUAUAGCGGUCACUUCUUACCAGAACCAUAAGAUUACACAGCUGAAGAUUGAGAACAACCCAUUUGCAAAGGGCUUUCGUGGCAGUGAUGAUAUGGAACUGCAUCGCAUGUCAAGAAUGCAGAGCACUAAAGAAUAUCCAGUGGUUCCUCGAAGCACAGUGCGUCAGAGAGUGGGCACAAGUCAGAGUCCGUUCAGUGGGGACGUUCAGGGCAUACCUACUCCAAGUGCCAUGAGCUCUCAGUACUCCUGUGAGAAUGGGGUCACCAGCACCUCCCAAGAUCUCCUGCCCCAGUCCAGCUCCUACCCACUACCCCAUGAGCACAGUCAAGACUAUCACUGCAUAAAGAGAAAAGUUGAAGAUGACUGCCACACAGGAGAUCACUCCUACAAGAAGUCCUACAUGGAGAGCUCUUCCAGUGAGGAUGACCAUUACUACCGUCCUGUUAGCUAUUCUCAGACCCUGGGCCUCACCGGUGCACCCUAUCGGACCGAGUCAGGACAGAGGCAGGCAUGCAUGUACGCCAGCGCUUCACAAGCUACCGAGCCAAGCCUGGAAGACAUCAGUUGCAACACCUGGGCUGGCGUCUCACCUUACAGCAGUUGCUCUGUGACCACCAUGCAACCAAUGGAGCGGUUGCCAUACCAGCACUUCUCGGCCCAUUUCACCUCUGGACCACUGGUGUCCAGGCUCAGCAGUGUGGCGGGCCAUGCCUCACCACAGCUAGGCGACGCCCAUGCCAUGUACCAGGGCUCAAUGCCACACCAGACUCUUGGCCGUCAGUGUAGCCCUGGAGCAGGGAUCCAGUCACCAAGCAGCAGCCUGCAGGGGAACGAGUACUUGUACACGCACGGCAUACCCCGCACUCUGUCCCCCCAUCAGUACCAUACUGUUCACAGUGUAAGCAUCAUGCCUGAAUGGAAUGAGGGCAGCUAAUUGGAUUCACACAUACAAGUAUGAAGUACUGUUGCAAUGCAAAUUAAUUGUAUAUUUAUAUUUCUAAGCUCUCCACCGCUCUGUGCAAUCAUGUGGCAUCAUCGAUGUGGACACAAAUAUUGUAUGCAUCAGUGCGGAAGGAAGAAAAACUGGCUAAAACAGCAAUGAAUGUCUCAGCAGUGCAGCAUGUUUGCUGUACUAGAAGGCAGGAAAAUACAGAGAUUCUUUCUCAUAGUAUGGGCAGGAAUGAAUGAAAGUUUAUACUGUAUUCUGUAAAUCAGGGCUGAAGACAAAUUAAAUAAAAACUAUUCAUUUUUAAUUGAAGGACACUCAUCGAUCUGCCCACAGUUUUACUGACAAAGUUUUCUUAAAAAGGAAAGAAAAAGUCCAGUUUUAUAGUUUUUUUUCAUCUUGAUGUUUGUGUUAUGCUCUGUUUUUGUACUCUGAAAUACUCGAGGAAAUUAUGUAGAAGUCUUUAAAACGUAGUGUUUAUAAGAGAACUUUUUGAGUUGACUUUCCACCAGUUCUACUAUUUGUACUACAUUACAACUCAAAGCUGAAAGAAAAGCCUUUUAAAUCAAUGAGCACAUGUCAAAUUCACAGCUUCUGUUUUGAUGUACAACAUUUAGUUGGCGCAGAUGAAUGCACUUAGUAGUUUUACACAUUCAGGGAUAUGGUACAUGUUUGCAUCCUUGCAUCCCAUCUGUGUCUUUGAUUAAAUCUAUUAGGCUAAAGUGACUGUUACAAAAAACAAAAACUUCUCACAAUAUCUAGAGCAUGUCUGCUAGGCAUAAACAUAUGAUUUGUACCACUAGUGAAACCCCGCAAUCUCCAUUUAAUGGAGUAAAUCAGUACUUUUUAAUAGCACUAUUAUAGCUAAUGCCAGCUGUCAAGGACUAGUUAGGCCAUUGUAAGUCAUACAAUUAUAAGUAAUAGUUUACAGAACUACAUGGAGUCGUAUGCACCCAACCCUCAACUCAUAUAAAUGACAUUUAUAUGAGGACCAUAGAACUAUUUAAACAAAUUACACAGAAGAAGAGCUUCAAAAUAACCAUCAUUUUUUUCAGGAAUAUGGCUGGGUAUAGACAAAUGUCCAUUUUGGAAGAUGCUCAUUGUAACCACAUCUCUCCCUGUUAAUAGUAUUUAUUUUCCCUGUAUGAUAAAACCUCUGAUUGUUUUAUCUGAAAUAUUUGUUAGUUUGUCUUUUCUGUUACUACGUAAUUUUGUUUUGCUUAGAUAUCUAUUCUUUUCUUCAUGAAAACAAAACAAGCUGGUUUAAGAAAUCUAUACACCUAUUGAAAACUGUCAGAAGAACAAAAGAUACAGUAUAACAUGAACUACUUGGAUGUAAAUAAAAUACAAUUGUACAUAGAAAACAGAACAAAUAAAUCUAAAAGAUCUUCCUUGAAA